CACAAAACACACACACGCAGCAUAAGAAGUAUCGCCUUAUCUCACACUAUUCAUUCAUUCAUAUUUGGCUUUUUCUUUCAAACCCCAAUCUCAUUCAUUCAUUCCUCUUAUUACUACUACCAACAAUAACAACUCCCUCUUUCUUUCCCUUCAUUGACGAUCUCCACGAAGCUAGAAAACCCUUAUAAUUUCAACAACUCUCUCUCUCUUUCUAUCACCCAUUUUUCUUCUCUCUCUCUCUCUCUCUCUCUCUCUCUCUUUCCUCCUUGGUUUUGGAUCUUCAAUUUCUCAUUCACUGAUUUUGGUGAUUUGAGGAGUUGAGAUUGAAGGACUGUGUUGAGGAACUAUGGCUUCCUCUUCUGCGACUCUUGCUGGUUCUACUGCUUCUGAUCUUUUCAGGAGUUCGGCUUCUGGUUUCACUGGUGUCCCUUUGAGAACCUUGGGAAGGGCGGGGUUGGUUUUGAAGAGAAGGGAUUUAACUGUUAGUGUUACUGCGAAGGUGAGGAAGUGGAAGAGGCGUGAAUAUCCAUGGACUAAUGCUGAUCCCAAUAUUAAAGGUGGGACGUUGAGACUUCUCUCACCGUUCAAGCCACUCAAAGAGAAGCCAAAGCCGGUUAUUUUGGAGUUUGAAAAGCCUAUUCGUGAUCUGGAAAAGAAGAUCAAUGAUGUUAAGAAGAUGGCAAAUGAAACUGGUUUGGAUUUCACUGAUCAGAUUGGAGGAUUGGAGGCUAAGUACCAACAGGCUUUGAGGAAUCUAUAUACAAAUCUAGCUCCUAUACAGCGGCUCAACAUUGCACGGCAUCCUCACAGGCCUACUACCCUUGAUCACAUCUUUAACAUAACUGAAAAGUUUAUGGAACUCCAUGGUGAUCGUGAAGGUUAUGAUGAUCCUUCUAUUGUCACUGGUCUAGGAUCUAUAGAUGGUAGAACCUACAUGUUCAUUGGCCACCAAAAGGGUAGAAAUACUAAAGAACAUAUCAAGCGGAACUUUGGGAUGCCAACUCCACACGGUUAUAGGAAAGCUCUGCGCUUGAUGCAAUAUGCAGAUCAUCACGGGUUCCCGAUAGUUACUUUAAUUGACACCCCUGGGGCAUUUGCUGACCUCAAAUGCGAGGGACAAAACCAAGGUGAAGCAAUUGCUCAAAAUUUGAGAUCCAUGUUUGGUUUUAAGGUGCCAAUUAUUAGCAUAGUUAUUGGUGAAGGCGGAUCUGGCGGUGCCCUUGCCAUCGGAUGUGGUAAUAAAUUACUCAUGCUUCAAAAUGCAGUAUUCUUUGUUGCCAGUCCAGAGGCAUGUGCUGCAAUCUUGUGGAAGAGCGCUAAAGCUGCUCCAAAGGCUGCUCGGAAACUGAGGAUUACAGCAACUGAAUUGUGCAGAUUGCAAAUUGCAGAUGGCAUUAUACCGGAGCCCCUCGGUGGUGCACAUGUCGAUCCAGAAUGGACCUCUCAACAGAUUAAAAGUGCAAUCAAUAAAGCUAUGGAUGAACUCACCAAGUUGAGCACAGAAGACCUAUUAAAAGAUCGCAUGCUUAAGUUCCGGAAACUCGGUGCAGCCGUGGAUGAAACUCCGAGAUAUCUCAAAAAGAAAAUCAACAUGGGAAAGAGGAAGGGUAUGCCUGUUCUGAUAAAGAGGAAGGGUUUACCUGUUCCGUCAAACAGGAAGGAUAUACCUGUUCCUCCAAAGGGGAAGGAUAUACCUGUCCCUCCAAAGGGGAAGGAUAUACCUGUUCCGUCAAACAGGAAGGAUAUACCUGUUCCUCCAAAGGGGAAGGAUAUACCUGUUCCACCAAAGAGGAAGGAUAUACCUGUUUUGUCAAAGAGGAAGAAUAUACCUGUUCGGCCAAAGAUUUCUUAUUCUGAAAUAGAGGUUGAAAUUACGAAACUGAAGAAAAAUAUUUUGGAAGGUAAGGACUCCUCUUCCGCGCCUUCAAAACUCAAUCUGGAUAAGGCAAUAAAGAAACUGGAAAGGGAAGUUGGUCAUGAAUUUUCUGAGGCCGUUAAAGCCCUGGGCUUAACAGAAAGGUUGUCGAAACUACGGGAAGAAACUGCAAAAGCAAGUUCAGGUAACCAACCUUUGAAUCCAUUGGUGAAGGAGGAGAUAGAAAAAUUUAAUGCAAGUUUUAAUCAAGGGUUAUCAGCGGCUCCUAAUUCCAGCAAGCUGCAGAAGAAGCGUGCCUUGUUGAGAGAAUUGACUAAUGUGAAGCUUUUGGUGGAUAAAAACAAGGAGGCUGCAACACUAAAGCAAGAAUUGAAGAAAAAAUUUGAUGAUGUCAUGAAUAAUCCUAGACUAAAGGAAAACUAUGAGGCAUUACAGUCUGAAAUCCAGCGUGUUGGCGCGUCCUCAGGAAGCGAUUUGGACGAUGAACUGAAAAAGAAAAUCAUUGAGUUCAAUAAGGAGGUAGACUUGGAGCUGGCUAAUGCUGUGAAGUCGGUAGGGUUAGAAUUAACUAAUGUGAAGCUUUUGGUGGAUAAAAACAAGGAGGCUGCAACACUUAAGCAAGAAUUGAAGAAAAAAUUUGAUGAUGUCAUGAAUAAUCCUAGAAUAAAGGAAAACUAUGAGGCAUUACAGUCUGAAAUCCAGCGUGUUGGCGCGUCCUCAGGAAGCGAUUUGGACGAUGAACUGAAAAAGAAAAUCAUUGAGUUCAAUAAGGAGGUAGACUUGGAGCUGGCUAAUGCUGUGAAGUCGGUAGGGUUAGAAGUUGAGUUUGUGAAACCAGGUGGUGGCGUCGAUAAGUCUUCAGUGCCACAGAUAGAAGAACUAAGCAAAGAUGUCCAAAAGGAAAUUGAAACUGUGGCAAACUCGUCGACAGAUAUUAAGAGACUGAUGGAGCAAUUGAAACAGGAGGUUGCCAAGUCUGGAGGGAAACCGGAUUCUGAGUCGAAGAAAAUAAUUAAUGAUUUGACGAAACAGAUUAAGAAUAGCCUUGCUGAGGCUGUUGACUUGUCUAGCCUGAAAGAGAAGUAUGAAAAUCUGACUCGUCCAGCAGGAGACAGUCUCACCGAUGAAGAAUUGAGACAGAAAGUUGGUGCAAAUCGCAGCUUUUCUUAAUAGACUGCUGCUAAUGUGGAGCUGGUGCUGAUAGUGGAACAUGGCCAAUAUUUGUUAGAAACAUGUUUUAAAGAAUUAAAGGAGAUACCGGGCGAGAUGUGGCUGAUAUUUUUCAAUCAUUAGACUACAAGCGCGAAUAAAACAUAAAACCAUUUUGUAUUUGUUUGAGUUAGAAUGUUGCAGUUAAUUUUAGAAUGACUUGCUUGUUUUCUUCCCUUUUUUAAAAAUCGCAAGUGUUUUCGCCGAAUAGACAUAGAUGAACAUUGUAUAAACUAUUUGUGUUUGAAGGACAUAAUAAAUAACAUGAUGCUGUGGUGUUUGAAUGUCA